AAUGAUAGCCGGCGAUAAAAUUUGGAAAAAGUUAAAACUGUACUAACUACUAGUGUACUGCCUUAGUGCCAUAAAAAUUACAACGUAUUAUCCAUUAAAAAGUUCGUUAGGUAUGCAAAUAUUAUAAAUUACACUUCAAGAAUAACUUUGAUAAGACAAUGAACAAUGUUUUAAGGACCUGCAGAGGUUUUGUUGUAAUUCUUAACCGACAGCCUGUCAAGUCUGUCCAACGAGGGUUUCACUCAACAGAACCAUGUUUUGACAAACCUCCUAAGGUUGAUGUGGUAAGCGUAGACAGUUUCAAUAAUGUCCAGGAGAAGAACAAAAAGACUUACUUGGACAUGUUAAGAGUGUAUCAGAUGGAAAAAUAUCGAUCUGGUCACGUAGAGUUUAUAAACACAGCAAUGAAGCACCUGGAUGAAUUUGGAGUAAAUGAAGACCUAGAAACUUACAAAAGACUCAUCCAAGUAUUACCAGCGGGAAAAUUCGUCCCCCAAAACUAUAUACAAUCUGAGUUUAUGCACUACCCAAAACAUCAGCAGUGUAUCAUCGACUUAUUACAGAAAAUGGAGGAUAAUGGAGUAAUUCCUGAUUGGGAAGUUGAAGACCUGCUUGUUAAACGAUUUGGUACUCGUGGAUUUCCUGUACGGCGCUAUUGGCGCAUGAUGUACUGGAUGCCUAAAUUCAAUAAUUUAUCCCCUUGGCCUAUACCUAAGCCCGCACCUAAUGAUCCUUAUGAACUAGCAUUAUUAGCUAUCAAAAGAAUUAGUAGUAUAGAUAUUGAAUCUGAAGUUAAAGUGUACAAAACUAAGCAAUUAGAAGAAAGCAUUGAGGAUACAUGGAUAGUUAGUGGUCAAAGCCCUGAUCAAAAAAAAAUAGUUGCUAAUCACCCAGAAAAUGUCCCUAUAUAUAUUGAAGGAGGGUUCAGAAUAUGGCUUCGAAAACAGAGUAUUAUUUAUUUCAUCUUAAGAACUGAACCUUCUCCUCCAAUACAAAAUGAAGAAGAAGAAGAUGAAGAUGAUAUUAGUAAUUUUCGGGUACCGUUUUUUGAUAAACCUAUUCCAAAAACAUCUGACAAAAUUGCUAAAAAAAAAACUAUACACGAGCAGGAAGAUGGAACUAUACUUGCAGUUGCUGCAACUGGUACAUCCAGUAAAAAUUCUUUAUUAUCUUGGAUUAGGUUCUUGGAGAAGGAUGGAAACCCAAGACUAACUCAUAUACCAAUUUUAUUUACAAGUAAAUCACCACUUGGAAAUGUGGAACCAUUGUCUGAACUUGAUGAAUCUAAGAAAGAAGUUGAACAGUCAAAACAAAAAGUCCCCAUAGAGUAAAAGUUUCAUUUAUAACAAGUUAAUUAGUUUGGAUUUAUUACACGAUCAACAAUUGAGUUAAAAGACAUUGCCAUUGGUGAUUCGGGAUGAGUUAAACCAACAUAUUUUGAUGUUUCUGAAGAUACUCUUGGAUCU